GUCGCUGUGUGGAGGCCGGGCCCGCCCCAAGAUGCCGGUGACGGAGUUCAUCGCGGCCCUGAAGGACAACCCGUACUUCGGGGCGGGAUUCGGGCUGGUGGGCGUGGGGUCGGCCCUGGCGCUGGCCCGGAAAGGGCUGCAGCUGGGCCUGGUCGCCUUCCGCCGCCGCUGCAUGAUCACCCUGGAGGUGCCCGGCAGCGACAAGAGCUACUCGUGGCUCCUCAACUGGCUGUCCCACCACGCCGCCCGCACCCAGCACCUCAGCGUCGAGACGGCCUACCUGCAGCACGAGGGAGGCCGCGUCUCCACCCGCUUCAACUUCGUGCCCAGCCCGGGGAGCCACUUCAUCUGGUACGGGCGGAAGUGGAUUCGAGUGGAGCGGAACCGCGAGAAGCAGAUGGUGGACCUGCACACCGGCUCGCCCUGGGAGUCCGUCACCCUCACCGCGCUGGGCACCGACCGCCGCCUCUUCAUCGCCAUCCUGCACGAAGCGAGGAAGCUGGCCCUCCUGGAGUGCGAGGGGAAGACGGUGAUGUACAGCGCGGUGGGGGCCGAGUGGAGGCCGUUCGGAGCCCCCCGCCGCCGCCGCCCGCUGGCCUCAGUCGUCCUGGAGAGGGGCCUGGCCGACCGCGUCCUCCGCGACGUCCGCGACUUCAUCGACAACCCCAAGUGGUACAGCGACCGAGGCAUCCCCUACAGACGAGGCUACCUCCUGUACGGCCCCCCGGGAUGUGGCAAGAGCAGCUUCAUCACGGCCCUGGCCGGGGAGCUGGAGUACGGCAUCUGCCUGCUGAGCCUCAGCACGUCGGGCCUGUCGGACGAUCGGCUCCAGCACUUACUGAGCGUCGCCCCGCAGCAGAGCCUCAUCCUGCUGGAGGACGUGGACGCCGCCUUCCUCAGCCGAGACCCGGCCGCCGAAAACCCCGCGGCCUACCAGGGGCUGGGCCGCCUCACCUUCAGCGGCCUCCUCAACGCCCUGGACGGCGUGGCCUCCGGCGAGGCCCGCAUCAUCUUCAUGACCACGAACCACGUGGACAGGCUGGACCCAGCCCUGGUGCGGCCGGGGCGGGUGGACGUGAAGGAGGCGGUGGGCUACUGCUCGCGCUGGCAGCUGGUGCAGAUGUUCCGGCGCUUCUACCCGGCCGCGCCGCCCGCCGCGGCCGAGGCCUUCGCCGCCGGGGCCCUGGCCGCCCGGCCCCAGGUCAGUGCCGCCCAGGUGCAGGGCCACUUCAUGCUGCACAAGGACGACCCCGCGGGCGCGGCCCGCGGCGCGGGGUCCCUCGCCGCGUGACGGGACCCCCUCGCCCCAAUAAAAGCCCCCCUCGCCCCGCCAUUCCCGCGCGCC